AUGGAUCCGGCGCACAUCUUUCGCCAGGGCCCUGCGGGGGUUCUCCCGCAGCAGAACCUGGCUUACGUCCCGCAAAAGUCGCCCUCGUCCCGGGACGAGCUUUCGGACGACGAUGGCUCCGGUCAACGUGUGGCUCAUACUUUAACAGCGUGCUGCCGCUGCCGCCAGAGAAAGACAAGAUGCGAUCCCACGCUGCCUCGCUGCCUUCCCUGCGAGAGAUCCGGGUCGACUUGCGAGUACCUUGACACUACAAAGGGCAAGAAGAUCAAUCGCUACUACGUCAUCAAACUACAAGACCGCGUGAGGGCCCUCGAGGCCGAGAUUGCGCAGUAUACCAAUGACGAGAACGAUUACCCGCGCACAAACGAAGACAUUGUUCGCCCUGGCCGUAUGAUCCGCCUCAAGGCCAGUGAUGAAACCCCGCGGUAUCUCGGUCCCAGCAGCGGGAUAGCCAUGUCGCGCCUCCUUAUGGAGGAGGCCAAGCGCUACACGGACUCCCAGCGCAUCUCGGACCUCAUACCCGAAGUGCGCGCGAGGAGCCAAGCGCGGAUGCAGUCCAUCCAGAUGACCGACCCUGGCGCCGGCAGGAAGAAGAGUUAUCCAAUGGUCAGCGAUCACCCCGCCGAGGGUCUACCGAAGCGCGAGACUGCCGACAAGCUGGUCGAGGUUUACAAGCAAAAGUCGCAACUGUUUUGGCCGGUCCUGCAUGAAAAGGACUUUGACCAAGAUCUCCAAGACGUCUACAACGGUGACACAGACCCGUACAAAAACUUCACGGUGCGCAUUGUCAUUGCCAUUAGCAUGCAAAAGCUCGAGAUUCAGUACGCCGGUUUGGCAGACAGCUACUACGUGGCCGCCAUGCAGUAUGCCGAGGCCGUUAUCCGCCCGAGGGACUUGAAGACGUUGCAGUGUCUCAUCCUGAUCGGCCAGUACUCGCUGCAGACACCCACGAGAACACCCGUGUAUUACGUGGUCGGCUUUGCCACGCGCAUCUGCCAGCAAGAGAUGCUGAUGGAUGAGAACCCAAUCAAUGCCAGUGAACUGGAUCCGAAAACGAUUGACAUGCGCCGCCGCCUUGGGUGGAUCGUGGCCACCAUGGAAUUUGGUCUCUCGUAUCACAUGGGCCGGCCCAGUGGCUUUGCAAGGGGCGACGACCGCAUGGACGCCAAGUUCUUCGCCGAUGUCGAGGACGAAAACGUGACCCCCAACGGCAUCCUGCCGGGGCCGCCGAGUGAGCGCAAGCUCAUCGCCAUUCACAUUUACAGGGCACGGGCCCUCCAGGCCGAGAUCAAGAGGGUCCUGUACGAGAAGAAGAGGCCAGAGCUCAAGAACGACAUGCAUCCCUGGUACAAGGUCAUGGAGCAAAAGUUGAAGGACUGGCUCGAGGCGGCACCGGCGAACCCGCAAUGGUUCAAGCUUUGGUUCACCGGCUUCUAUCACCAGAUGCGCAUUGUCAUGUACAGACCAUCGCCGCAGGUGCCCAAGCCCUCGCCCCAGGCUGCAAACAUCUGUUUUGAGAGCGCCGCAUAUGUCCUCAAACAGUCCCAAAAGCAGAUUGAAGGAGGCAAUGUCUCCAUCACAUGGCUGUUCCUGCUCACCCUCAACGCCGCCCUCAAUGCCAUUCUCUGGUCCACGUCGUAUCUCGAGGUGCGGAGACAGCACCCGAAGGAGGAGGUCGAGGCCGUGGUCAACAUGUCCCUGAUGUCGCUGGACAAGUGCGUCGAACGCUGGCCCGACACGGCGUACACAUCCGAGCUCUACGGCAUCAUCUCAAAGGCGUGCCUGCAGAGCUACGACCUGCGCGACGCUGACGCCCAACAGCCCAUGUUCUCCUUUGCCAGCCCUCCUUCGGUGGCCGACCAGCGCGCUUCUCCCGAAGGCUACGCCAAGUCGGCCAACGCAGCUUUCCCGGACGCGCCUCAGUUCAGCCUCGUCUUCGACUCGCCGCCAGAGUCUAUGAACACAUAUACUUUCGAUCCCAACUUCCCACCCCACCCCACCUUUCGAUCCAACUCCAUAUUCCGCAACCCUGCCAGCGACUCCAACGGCCGACGGUUUUCGUACUUUCCGCCCGAUUCCACGCCGUCUGGCGAUGCUGGCUUAGAUGGCAUGAGCACCUCUAGCAUCAACCCCGGCCAUGGGGUGCCGUCUGACCAAGCCUCGAGCCAACUUCCCACGCCUCCCGAAUCGGUCCCAGCAGGCACAGUAUCUUCCACAACGCCAAGUGCCACUCUAUCGUCACCUGGCAUGGCGCAUGCGGCCCAGAGCGGCGUGCCUGACGUCGGCGGGGAUCCGGGCGUCAUGUCCAUGCAGACGAACAUGUCGCCGCCGCCGAAGUACAUGGCUCAGCAGCAUCAACCCAUGUCAAACUUUGGGGCACCCCGCGCCCAUCACCAGCCACAGGUCGCGCCCCAGCAAAAGCCGCUGCCGACGAACGCCAGCCCUGCCGACUGGUUCUCCCCUCCAGCGCCGUUCAUCUCGCCAUACAACUUUGGUCCAAUGAGCGGCGGCUUCUUCAACGACGCGAUGCCCAACAACUUUGCCGAGAGCGCCGGCACCGGACUGGGCUUGCAGGGCAUGGGUGUGGGAUUCGACACCAUGAGCCCGUUUUCGUACGUGCCGCCCGGUCGGCAGGGAAGCUUGACGCAGUCGCAGCAAAUGGAGCUCAUGAACACGCUCGAGACGGAGGGCAUGGGGGACAUUGACGCCUUCCUCAGCCCCAGCGCCAAUAUGGCGGACACGCGGUGGUAUUAG